CGCUUUUCCAAGUUGAUCCCUCGUUGACCGAUACGAUGUCAGUCUUCAGCUGUCACGUCCAAACGAUGGCGACCAAGGGCAUAGGCAAGAUCUUGGUGGUAGUGUCCUGUCUCAUGCUGCUUCAUGCGGCAUACUCGACAUAUGAAUACUUAUCGACAUUAAAGGCUCUUGGUCAUCGAGAGGCGACCACGACUCUGCCUCAAUCAAUUGUCGUCGAGGCCGUCUUGUCCCUCUUGCUUUUUGUCCCUUCAAUCGCCAUCUCGUCCUCACCCUUGAGAGAUGUUACAUAUAGAGGUGAAAUGGCGACAAGAUCAAUAGACGACGCAGAUGCCAGGAUGGGGUUCUUGGCGUUGUCGCCUCGAGGUAGAGCAUUAUUCGGGCAGUCUCAAAAAGACUAGAUAGUCUAUGCAUAUAUGAUAC